AUGUUUACUUUCCCACUUUCGCUAACUGAGUCGUAUCCAGCGACGGCAACGGGUACCGCCAAGAUCUUCUCAACAGCCUUACGGCAGAUCGGCUUCAUGAGAUCCGGCACCAUGGCCAACAACCAAAAUGACGGAUUCCCAGGCUGGACAAUCAGCGAGAUCGCCUUAGCAGCAAAACUCACACUUUCCCUCGCCCAGUGUCCGAAUGUCAUCUUGCUUCAUGCCGGCACGAACGAUAUGAAUAACGAUCCGCCUCGUCAGCCAUACAAUACCGCGCCAGAACGCCUCGGCGACUUGCUCGACGAACUGCUCAGCGUCGUUCCAGAAACAACCAUCAUCGUAGCUCAAAUCAUCCAGUCCAGCAACGCAGGAACGAAAGACAGAAUCCCGGUGUUCAAUGAUGCGGUUCCGGAUGUGGUUGCGCAGAGGACGGAUAAGGGGGCGAAGGUCCAGUUGGUGGAUUUGAGUUCUAUUGGAGUUGAUGGGGUGGACUUGGUUGACGGGCUUCAUCCGAAUGAUACUGGGUACAACUUGAUGGCGAACUUCUGGUUGGAAGGAUUGCAACAAGCGAGCGAUAAGGGUUGGAUCACGUCUCCCCAGUAG